UUGAAGGUCUUUUUCUUCGCGGAUUGAUGUUCUGCCCCAUUGCCUCUUGUUCGAUUUGGCAGAGAUCUCGCUUUUCCACCCCCAAUCCGGUGCUGCUAGCUGCAUUACAGAUCAUUAGUUGUGGAACAAUGCCGUCGCUACGCCAAGGAGGACGACCUUGAACUUCCGCCGCCGUCAUCGUCUUCUGAACGAUAUCCCCGUUCGGUUUCUGCCUCUGGAAGCUGGCUUCCUCUGCCGCGCCCUCCACGCGUUGCCUAAAAAAUUAGAAAGACCUCGCAUCUCGCACGCUGCCUCAUCGCCGAUCACCGUAGUGGUUUCUUCGCCGGUAAUCGGUUGCUGAUCCACAUAUAACAUCGUUGCUUCUUCCUUCGUUGAUUUGUCCAGAAUAUCAAAGCAAUAGCCAAGACGAAAACAAGGAGGACAAAGAAGAGACAUCAUGGAAACAAGCACCAAAGAAGACUUAGAAAUCAAGAAAGUGGAUUGUGAUGUAUCGGAGAUCGAGUAUGUUAGUUAUGGUGGCGAGCACCACCUCCCCCUUAUCAUGAACCUAGUCGACCAAGAACUCAGCGAGCCUUACUCUAUAUUCACGUAUCGUUACUUUGUCUAUCUGUGGCCUCAGCUCUCUUUCCUGGCAUUCCACAAGGGUAAAUGUGUCGGCACGGUGGUUUGUAAGAUGGGCGACCAUCGAAACGUUUCCAGAGGAUACAUUGCCAUGUUGGUUGUGAUAAAGCCCUAUAGAGGAAAAGGCAUUGCUACAGAACUUGUUACUAGGUCUAUUAAGGUGAUGAUGGAAUCUGGUUGUGAAGAAGUUACUCUGGAAUCAGAAGUUACAAACAAAGGAGCAUUGGCACUCUAUGGUCGCCUUGGCUUUAUUAGGGCUAAGAGGCUCUUUCAUUAUUAUUUGAACGGAGUCGAUGCUUUCCGGCUCAAACUGCGAUUCCCUCGGCCGGAGCUGCACCCAUCUCUGCCUGUGAUGGCAGAUAAAUAUGGUAGUAGUCAUAUAACAAGUGAUCAUGAUAAUUCAGCAUUUGAACAAUGAUUUGAUUCCUUCAUUGCCUGUUUGAGUGUUUGUAAAGAAUCAUAAACCCUUCUUGAGCAUA